UUUCAUAUUGUUAAUUUGUGUGAUUUGACUGUUUAAUGUUAGAAAGAAAAGAAGGACAGAACUUGGCUUUUUACUUAUUUUUUUAAAAGAAGUACAAGUGAUAAUUAUAAUGUUGUUUCUUUUAAUUUUGUGAAAAAGUGUGAGCAGAAUAUUUACCUAUCCCUCAAUCAUGAAUGGACUAUAAAACCCAUGGUGUAAACCACAAUGGGAAGUCUGGUACCAACAAUUUUCUUCCUGAUAGCAGGAACCAGUCUCAUUUUGGCAACUCCAAACUGUGAUGAAACCUGUAUCCUGGCGAACCAGUUUGAAGUUAAUGUUGAAGUAGAUGGAAAUGAAAUUAGUUUAAGUUGGAAGUUCAAUCAAUCUAAACAGAUAUAUGGAUUCCAAGUGAAAAUUUACAAUACAGAUGAUUCCACUCUCUACGAGUCGCCAAUUCUUCAUGUUUCCCAACGUGCGAUGAAACUGGAAGAAGAGCUUGACGGAAAAAGUAAAAUCUGCAUAACUGCGUUCGAAAACAGUACGAAGGUUCUUGAUGAAAAAUGUGAAAAAAUCGAAAUCAAAGACUUAAAAAUCGUCAUCGGAAUUUUAGCUGGAACAAUCUUCUUGAUUCCAUGCUUGCUGGCUCUCAGCUAUGUCAUUUUUAAAGAUUAUAAAGUAAGACAACUUGAAAACUAUGAAAAAAUUUCUCCAAUACUUGACAGAGGCAAAGGUAUAGCAUAUGAAGAAGACAUAAUCGUAGAUGAAGUAAAAAAGACACCAAUCCAAGGGACAAACGCUACUGACAGUGAUGAUACUAAGGUAAACAAGGCAUUUGUCAUGAAUGAAGAUCUUAAACAGUCAGGGGAUGCUGAACAAGACAUUUCUGAAUCUCUACAGGAAACAGCAGUUGUUAAUACCAGUAACAAGGUUACUGCAAAUAUCGAAAAUGAGAACUCAGGACAAAGCAAUAUACCAAAUGGUAAUUCAGAAUCUUUAUCAGAAAGUUUAGAUGAUGAAGGCCAGAAAAUUGAAAACAGCAAUAAAUAUGAAGACAGUGUCAAAGUAAGAGACAGUGACAAAUUUGAAGUGGUUACUGAAUCUGAAAUACCCACUGUUGAAAUACCCACUGUAAGUGUGACUGAUGAAGAAGUGUUGGGUACAAGUUUAUAAUCACUUUCUGUUUUAAUGUUUAGAAAUACUCAUCAAGUCAUUGAUUAUUAUUAUCCCUUUUUACUAGCUUUAAUUUCUUGGUCUCCUGGACUAUUGCUAAAGAUAUACUAUGCACAUCAUUUCUAAAAUAUUUUGCUAUUAGAAAUUAACUCAUAAUGUAGCUUCUCCCAUUUGAUUUCAUUUUUAACUCGACUAUUUAAAGAAUAGAUAGAGUUUUUGGACUCACCUAUGCGUCGGCAUCUGCGUUGGCAUCCCGAUUUGGUUAAGUUUUUGCAUGUAAGCUGGUAUCUCAGUAACCACUUGACUGCGGGAAUGGACUGAAACUUCACACACUUAUUCACUGCGAAGAACUGACCUAUACUGCAGUAUAUACUUAUACUUACACUGCACAGGUUCAAUAACUCUGUUUUGCUUUUUUACAGAAUUAUGCCCUUUUUCGACUAAUAUUUAUUCAACUGACAAGGCUGUUGAAUAGUCCAGCAUUGCCGUCCUCCAACAGCUCUUGUUGCGAAACAAAGUCCCCAGUGGUAUGCUAGUUCAGAAACGCUCAAUACAAAUAGCAAUGCUUCCAGCACCUCUAUAAUUUUAAACACUAUACAAUCAUUUAAUUUGUUGAGCAAAAAAGUGUGUGGUUUGGCCAAAAACAGCUGUGUUGAGGGGAUAUAAAUCAAGAGAUUUCAACUUAUGAAUAUAAAAUGAAGGGAAUUUUUCAAUUUUUCCUUGCACUUUCAUAUCGUAAACAGAUGCAACAAUAAAAUCCGCAAAAAUUU